CGAUAACAAAUCAAACAUCGCAGUUUAAUGAGAUAGAAUGGCGAUAACAUUUCGAUGGAAUAUGUUUGGAAUUCAGUUUCUUUUAAUAUGGACAUUAUUUACGCCCUUUGUGUCAGGGCAAACGUUUGGAUAUGAUGGUCGUUAUACGUGUCACUGUGGUCAGAAUAGAAUUUGUGAUAGAAUUUCAGGAAGAUGUCCUAAUAAUGUAUGUGAUAGAGGUUGGCAUGGAAGUAUCUGUCAACAAGAAAACGUUGCCAUCGGAAGAAAUACUGUCCAGAGUUCAUAUUUUAGGAGAGAAUGGAAGUCAUCAAAUGCCAAUGAUGGAAAUAGAGAUCAGAAUGUAAAACACUCUGGUACACCCCCUGGUGUAUGUGCUCAUACAAGAUAUGACCCAUAUGGUAUCCUGACAGCAUAUUGGGAGGUUUACCUGCGUUCUUCGUUUCCAAUAAACCAAAUUCAAAUAUUUUAUCGUAAAGGAUCUUUUACGCGUCUACAAGGAUUUCAACUACAGUUAUAUCUUCGUGGGCAAUUUGAGAAGACAUGUUACACACAAACUGAAUUUCCAACAACUGAUAUUAUUACUGUUGACUGUGGCGGUGCCAUGGCUACAGCUGUGAGGUUUUAUAAUCAAAGAUCUCGACCGAUAACUUAUUCCAACCCAUGUGUUGUAGAGCUGUGUGAACUGGAAGUAUACGUUUGUGCCUUGGGAACAUUUGGACCUGACUGUUCUUCUCUAUGUUACUGUGAAAAUCCAUCGGAACGUUGUGAUUACGUCACAGGUCAAUGUACAAGUGGGUGUGCUGUUGGGUAUCAAGGGGAAAGUUGUACUCAGAGAUGCCCUGAUGGAUUUUAUGGUCGUAAUUGUGCACGACGUUGUUCUGAUCGCCAUUGUUCGAGCUCUACAGCACCAUGCGAUUAUGUUACUGGUGCCUGUGACGCAGGAUGUAGUCCGGGUUAUAUCGGUACUGAUUGUACCCAAGAAUGUUCCCAGGGAAGCUAUGGAGUAAAUUGUUCCCAAGCUUGUACAUCACGUCACUGUUCUAAUGAAUCAUCUAGUUCAUGCAUUAAUAUAGAUGGUAAAUGUGAUAAAGGAUGUAGUCCAGGUUAUACAGACAUUGACUGUGUUAAAGAAUGUGAUGAUAGUAGGUAUGGUGUAGACUGUAAAUAUAGCUGUGAUGAUAGGAAAUGUGCUAACAUGAUAGAUUGUCCUAUUUCUGAUGGAAGAUGUUCGGGAAUUUGUUUAGAUGGUUAUACAUCUGUUGACUGUAUGCAAGCUAUCGUUCAAGAAAAGGAACACUCAAAUAUUGGACUACAUGUGGGAAUUGGUGUUGCCAUAUUACUGAUAGGAAUUGUAAUAUGUAUCAUAAUAUUUAUUAUACGAAGACGUGAACAGGAUGGGAUACCAACCUUUGAAACUAAAAAAGCAGUAAAUUCUACCAUUAAUAAGAAACAAGUGAUAGAACCAGCAUAUGAAAACGUUAAAAUAAUACAAAAGACAACGGAAGAUUUCCCAGUGGUGUCAGUUGUACAGGACAAUAAAUCAGAUAUCGGUUCUUUGAACUCUUUAAUAGAUGAUGAUGAUAAUACAUAUUAUAAUAUAGAUAAGGAUAAAGAUAUUACAGAAGAUAAUUCUAUACCUAUAAAAGAUCUUGGAGAAUUAGUGGAGGAUUUAAAGAGAAAUGAUUCGUUUCAAACUAUUUAUAAGCUUCUUCCGUCUGGUUUUAUGGCGGCGUUUGAUGUUUCACAGAUAACUGAAAACCGUCGAAAGAACCGAUAUCAGGGCUAUUAUCCAUAUGAUUAUAACAGAGUUACCUUAAAGAAACAAGGUCAAGAUCCAUAUUCUGAUUAUAUUAACGCUAGCUAUAUGGAUAGUUACAAGGCACCCAAUUUUUUUAUUGCUGCACAAGGAGCUUCAAAGACGACAUUAAAUAAUUUUAUCAGAAUGAUAUUUGAGAAGCAAUGUGAUAAGAUUGUCAUGUUAACUAAUUUAUAUGAGGGUAGUAAGCAUAAAUGUGAACAAUACUGGCCGGAUGAAGGAAGUAAGAUGUUUGGAGAAUUGGAACUUACUCUAAUAAGUGAAGAUGUUAGAGCUAACUAUAUUUGUAGAAAAAUAAAAAUCAACCAUCAACGGACAGGUAAAGAACACGAGACCAUGUUGUUCCAUUUUACAGCUUGGGCUGAUCAUGGCGUACCGGAUAUAGGAGAUUUAUUAGAUUACCUAUAUCGUGUUCAAGAAUAUAAAUCAGAUUCAAAAUCUCCUACUCUAGUUCACUGCAGUGCUGGUAUAGGACGGUCUGGUGCAUACAUUGCUUUAGACAAUCUUCUAAAAGAAGGAAAAGCAACAGGACGAAUAGACAUUAAAAGAUGCAUAAUAACAAUGCGCGCACAGAGAAAAAAUAUGAUUCAAACAGCGAGUCAACUACAAUUCGUAUACGAAACACUCGCAUAUUACUUUAAACAAGGAAAGACGAGUGUUAGCUGUAAAGAAUAUGAAGCCAUGUCAAAUGAUACUGAUACGUCAUAUAUUAGCUUGAAUUUAAACCCAGUAAUACAGUUAAAUGAAAUAAAUAGUGUACAAAGAAAUGCUGAAAGUCACAAAAUAUUCACUCCAGGUAAACCUGAUUUACAGGUAUUUAGAACACAGUCAUGGAAGAAAAAAAUUGGUUAUAUUAUUAGUGAUGUUAAAGGACAUGAUAUGGAAUCAUUGUGGAAUUUAAUCAGAGAUCAGGAGAGUCGAGUUGCAGUAUUUCUGUUAGAUCACAGCAAGAGCAUCGCCUCUUUUCUUCCAAAAUCUGGAAAAAAGACACGAGCCGGAAGUAUACGUGUGGCAUCAAUGGUUGAAACCUCUGCAGUGGAAUAUACAAAUAUGUAUACAGUCAAUACAAAAUUGGAGGAACUGGUUGACAAUUGUAGAGUUUUAUCGGUUGACUUGCAAGAAGGGUUUCAGCUAUCUCAAUUACAGCUACCCCAGUUAAUCGAUCAGAUUGAUACACUGGACAAUACUAAAGAUCCGGUUACAGUUAUUACGAGUAAUAUUAAACAUGCUGCUAUUUUUUGUAUUGUAAGAAACAUACUAGAAAGAAUAAAACUUGAUAAUGAAGUGGAGAUUUUCAACACAACAAGACAGAUUUUACAGUCUUUAGAUGGAUUUUUUAUUAGCCAGGAUGAAUACGAUUGGUUUCACAAAAUGGCUCAAGACUACAUAUCUAAUACCAAUGUAUAUGAAAAUUUUUGAAUGUCCAUAUCUCAAGACUACAUAUUAUCUAAUACCAAUGUAUAUGAACAUUUUUGAAGGUCCAUAUCUGAUGUUGCGGUUUUCUGUAGAAUGAUUAUAAUAUGCUUAAUUUUAGUUAAAUAAAUCCCAUUCAUUCUG